UGCAGCUGGAGCGGUGGCGUUUGGUGGAGACGCGAAACUGGAUGGCUUCUACAGGGAGCCAGGCCUCUGAUAUAGACAAGAUUUUUGAAUUCUUCAAUGAUGGCGCACCCCCCACCAAAAAGCCCAGGAAGUUGCUUCCAAGCCUAAAAACGAAGAAGCCUCGGGAACUUGUCCUGGUGAUUGGAACAGGCAUUAGUGCCGCUGUCGCCCCUCAAGUUCCAGCCCUAAAAUCCUGGAAGGGCUUAAUUCAGGCCCUACUGGAUGCUGCCAUUGACUUUGAUCUUCUAGAAGAUGAGGAGAGCAAAAAAUUCCAGAAAUGUCUCCACGAAGACAAGAACCUUGUCCAUGUUGCCCAUGACCUUAUCCAGAAACUCUCUCCUCGUACUAGUAAUAUUCGAUCGACAUUUUUCAAAGACUGUUUAUAUGAAGUAUUUGAUGACUUGGAGUCAAAAAUGGAAGAUUCGGGAAAACAGCUACUUCAGUCAGUUCUCCACCUGAUGGAAAAUGGAGCCCUGGUGUUAACUACAAAUUUUGAUAAUCUGCUAGAACUGUAUGCAGCCGAUCAGGGAAAACAACUUGAAUCCCUUGACCUUACUGAUGAGAAAAAGGUCCUAGAGUGGGCUCAGGAGAAGCGGAAGCUGAGCGUGUUACACAUCCAUGGGGUCUAUACCAACCCCAGUGGCAUUGUCCUUCAUCCAGCUGGGUAUCAGAAUGUGCUCAGGAACACUGAAGUAAUGAGAGAGAUACAGAAACUGUACGAAAACAAGUCAUUUCUUUUCCUGGGUUGUGGCUGGACUGUGGAUGACACCACUUUCCAAGCCCUCUUUCUGGAGGCUGUCAAGCAUAAAUCUGACUUAGAACAUUUCAUGCUGGUUCGGAGAGGAGAUGUAGAUGAAUUUAAGAAGCUUCGAGAAAACAUGCUGGACAAAGGAAUUAAAGUCAUCUCUUAUGGAAAUGAAUAUGCUGACCUUCCAGAAUAUUUCAAGCGGCUGACGUGUGAGAUCUCCACGAGGGGUAGAUCAGGGAUGGUGAGGGAAGGUCAGCUGAACGGCUCCUCUGCAGCACACAGUGAAAGAAGAGACUGUAGUACAUGAGGGAUAGAGAAAUCGUCACCAUUAGACCUGGCUGUAAGGCCCUACUGUGGGCAGUGUUUAACAAGUAAACUUACAAAGAACCCAACACAGCUCCUAGGAAGUGCGAAACCCGAAGGUUGAAAGGUGGGGGUUGGUUGGGGGGAAAUGUUCCAGAUCUUCAUGCCAGCCGGUUGAUAAUUCUGCGGCUUGUUCAAGAAUCCCAGAGACACCAAGGGACCCACGUGCCGCCCCCCACCCCACCCCAGGCUGGACACGCCUGUGUCCACACGGCAGACCAGUGCGAUGCCUCCACUGACAGCGGCUGCGGCUCUGCAUGGAGGACUAGGCUUUGGGGGGCUGUGGGGCUCCAGACCCUGGUGGCUGUUUUGUACUCUUACCUGGUUCUUCAAUUAAGCUUAACGGCUUUUUUAAAACAUGACUUGAAGCUCUAGUUUUCUAGAUCUUUUACAGUGUACAGUAUUUUACAUAACUUGAGUUGUAUUAAAGCUUGUUCAUUUACUUCCGGUGCUCUACUUUUAGAUAUUUUAGUAGAAAACACCUAAGCUACCCAGGCACUAACAAGCCUAACUUUUGGAAUUCAAUUUAAAUUUCCUAAGUUUGUCUUUCACCUUGAUGACCUCAUUUUCAGGACAGUCCUUCAUAUAUUUGCCUGAUUCCUCUUUGUUUUCCUU